GCCCCCCCCCCCGCCGCACCUGCGGCUCCUAGAAUAAGAAGAGAGUCGCGGCUGAAGCGCGAGACUCCGGCAGUGCGCCGCGGGGCUCCAGAUUGCGCGCGGGACUCCGGCGACCGCGGGCCAUGGACCGGCCGCGGGCCAUCGGCACCUUCGUGGUGUGGGACUACGUGGUGUUUGCCGGCAUGCUGCUCAUCUCGGCGGCCAUCGGCAUCUACUACGCCUUCGCGGGCGGCGGCCAGCAGACCUCCAAGGAGUUCCUGACUGGAGGCCGUCGAAUGAGCGCCGUGCCCGUGGCUCUGUCCCUCUCCGCCAGUUUCAUGUCGGCGGUCACCGUCCUGGGUACCCCCUCCGAGGUCUACCGCUUUGGGGCCAUAUUCACCAUGUUCGCCUUCACCUACUUCUUUGUGGUCGUCAUCAGCGCGGAGGUCUUCCUCCCGGUGUUCUACAAACUGGGGAUUACCAGUACCUACGAGUAUUUAGAACUUCGAUUUAACAGACAUGUUCGUCUCUGUGGAACAGUCCUCUUCAUUGUUCAAACAAUUCUGUAUACUGGAAUUGUUAUUUAUGCCCCUGCCCUGGCUUUGAAUCAAGUCACAGGAUUUGAUCUGUGGGGCGCAGUGGUGGCCACAGGAGUGGUCUGCACCUUCUACUGCACACUGGGUGGUCUUAAAGCAGUUAUCUGGACAGAUGUUUUUCAAGUUGGGAUCAUGGUGGCUGGAUUUGCAUCAGUGAUUAUACAGGCUGCAGUGAUUCAAGGAGGAUUCAGAACUAUUUUAAAUGAUGCCUACAAUGGUGGAAGACUAAACUUCUGGAAUUUCGAUCCUAACCCUCUGCAAAGACACACAUUCUGGACAAUUAUUAUAGGCGGCACCUUCACAUGGACCGGCAUCUAUGGUGUCAACCAAUCCCAAGUGCAGAGAUACAUUUCCUGUAAAAGCAGAUUCCAGGCAAAAAUGUCUCUCUACAUCAAUCUUGUGGGACUCUGGGCAAUCCUCGUCUGCUCAGUGUUUUGCGGACUAGCCUUGUAUUCUAGGUACCAUGACUGUGAUCCAUGGACAUCCAAGAAAGUGUCUGCACCAGACCAGCUCAUGCCUUACUUGGUUCUGGACAUUCUGCGAGAUUAUCCUGGACUUCCUGGACUUUUCGUGGCCUGUGCUUACAGUGGAACAUUGAGCACGGUGUCUUCCAGUAUUAAUGCCUUGGCAGCAGUAACGGUGGAAGAUCUAAUCAAACCUCACUUCAGGUCACUCUCAGAAAGGUCUCUGUCUUGGACUUCUCAAGGACUGAGUGUUCUGUAUGGAGCCCUGUGUAUUGGAAUGGCUGCACUGGCAUCACUAAUGGGAGCUCUGCUACAGGCAGCACUCAGCAUAUUUGGCAUGGUUGGUGGACCGCUUCUGGGCUUGUUUGCUUUGGGCAUUUUGGUUCCCACUGCCAACUCCAUUGGAGCACUCGUUGGCCUCAUGGCUGGGUUUGUUGUUUCUUUAUGGGUUGGAAUUGGAGCUCAACUUUACCCACCACUUCCUGAGAGAACUAUGCCAUUACCCCUGGAAACCCAUGGCUGUAACAGCACAUACAAUGCGACGGAUUUGAUGACGACUACAGAAAUGCCAUUUUCUACUAGUGCUUUCCAAAUCCACAAUGUCGAAAGGACUCCACUGAUGGACAACUGGUAUUCUUUAUCCUAUUUGUACUUCAGUACUCUUGGGACUUUAGUAGCACUAUUGGUGGGGACGCUGAUCAGUUUAUUAACAGGAGGAAGAAAACAAAAUAUAGAACCCAGAUUUUUACUAACCAAAGAGGACUUUUUAUCCAAUUUUGACAUUUUUAAGAAAGAGAAAAAUAAUUUAAGCUAUAAGUCACAUCCAGUGGAAGAUGGUGGGACUGAUAAUCCUGCCUUCAAUCAUAUUGAAUUGAACCUCACAGACCACAGUGGCAAGAUCAACGGCACUCGUUUGUGAAGCAGUUCUGAUACUGGAGGAUCUUAAAUAGUGUCUCAGUUUUGUUUUCUAAGACAAUUGGAUCAGGUUUCGAUUUUUUUUUUUCCCGUCAUGAGCGUUUUGGGGCAUAAAUUUUUGCUAGAGCAAAGUCCUGACUUUCUUCCCAUACUAUACUCAUUGAUUGACAUCUAACUGAUUGACACAACUCUAUAGCUUAGAGUGUCAGCAUCGGCAGUUCCUUCUCUGUUAAUUCGAUGAAGCUGUAGUUGGGAGAAUAAAGACUCCAGUUAUGCUGAAAGGUUAAUAUACCCUUAUACACAUGAUCCUUGAUAUUCAAAGGCAUAUUCUUAAAUUUGGGCAUUAUCGAAAAGAUUUUUCAUGCCUCUGGUGCUAGUAUGUUUUGGGGUUUGUCAAAACCAUAACUAAUAUUGAAAUGAGUUUUUUACCCUCUUACCCCAUGCUCUAUUCUUAGGGGUGAUGAGGUGACAGGCCUUUCUCCUCGUCUCUGUCAAUCUCUGGCGAGUGCACAUGCCCUUUGGCACUCAACAAAGCACAGGAGGAACUGCUGCCUUGGAGGCAUUGCCAAGGCUGCGGCUCUAAUUGUUGCACCAGGAUGGUCUUCUUACUGGACUAGAUGAAUAAACUAUUAAAACUUAGCACAUAGCUAACACUUUGGAUAAUGCAUACUUCUUUCAUUUGUUUAAAUCUUUGCUUCAUAUCAGCCAGGGCACAUAUUAACCUUGGAACUGAUUUUAGCUCAGAAAGAUUGUAAUCGAGAAGUAUCCUGGCUAGGAAAAAAACAUGGGCCCAAUGGCCCAGUGCUGAAGGUCUUGGUGCUAUGCAUCUGUUUUUGUGCCUUUUGGUUUGGAUAUAUCUUCAGCCGAGCAACGUGAAUCAUGUUGCUGGUAUCCCGGCUCUCCAAGUCCUAGUCUAUAAAUUUUAAACUCCUAUGAGCCUGGUACUGACUAAUACUUAACAUAGGACUUAUGGAUUUGGUGAUCCAAGAGCAUCAUCUUAUUAAAAAUGAUUAUGUGCCACAGAGUUUGAUGAUUAUUUUAAUGAUGUUAUUAAGCUGAAAUUUUGAGCAUCAAC